AUGCAAAGGAAACAGACUCGAGAGUCGCGGCCAAGAGGCCCAGCGUUGAUUCUACAGACUCAGUUCAGACACGCGAAAGGGAUUCUAGGCGUGCACGCGGGUCUUCAGACGACGAGGCCGCGGCCAAGUCCAUGGCUCGAAGAAGAACCGAUUCUCCCAUGGGAUAUGGGACAGCCGACCGAAACGGGAGCGGCGCUGCCAGUUUCUCCCCCCACCGAACCUACAUGCAGCGGGUCUGACACGGGCAAGUACCGUCUGGGGCAGAAGGUCGAAGGCCGCUUUCGCGGAAAAGGGCGGUGGUACAAGGGCCGUGUUGUAGGAGUCAACACCGGAGGAACGUACGACGUGCGCUAUGAUGAUGGCGACGAGGACCUCGGCCUAGACGCCUCCGCCAUCAGGUCGGAGGAAGCCAGAGACAGUGGCGGUGGAGGGAGCAACAUCGAUAGGCGCGACGAAGAGCGUCGUGGGGGAACAGAAGAAGGGCGCGCCCCUGCUUACCGCCUCGGAGACCGAGCGGAGGCUAGGGCGCCAGGGACGAACCGGUGGCAGCAAGUCACUGUGGUCGGCGAAAACCGAAACGGUACACUGGAUGUCCGUUUCCGGGAUGGCACCGAGGAGAGACGGCUCGACCCAAGCAUGGUUCGGCCGCUGGAAGCGGACGACGGGAAACGCAGAGGUAACGGCCGCGACAGUGUUGACUCCAUGGAAUUUGCUGAGGGCGAUAGGGUGGAGGCGCGGUUCGGUGGCCGAUCGCGAUGGUACAAGGCAACGGUCGAGCGGAAGAAUAGGGAUGGGACCUACUGCCUGAUCUACGCAGAUGGGGACGAGGAAAGAGCGGUAGACAAGUCUCUCAUGCGUAGGAUCGACAACGGCGGAGGGCUGCCAAGGUCAGGAAGCAGGAGCCCCGGGCGGCGGGUGGUGUCGGGCGUUGAGUCAGAAACAGACAGCGCUACGGGCAAGACUUUUCGAGUUGGAGAUGACGUGGAAGCGAGGUACAAGGGAGGCCGCAAGUGGUACCCGGGCGUCGUGAGGAGGGUAAACCGAGAUGGGACGAUGGACAUUACAUACAAGGAUGGCGACUCCGAGCGUGACGUAGACCCAUCGCUCGUUCGCAGUAAGGGGGGCGUCAGCGUUGAUUCGCUGGCUUCUUCUUCUGCGGACACCGGCUUCUCUCGGGGCGACAAGGUGGAAGCCAGGUUCGGUGGUCGGUCUCGCUGGUUCAAGGCCACCGUAGAGAGGGAGAACAGGGACGGCACGUAUCACCUCUUGUACGUGGAUGGGGACGAGGAGAGGGCCGUUGAGAAGCAUUUGAUUCGCAGAAUCGAGGGUGUAGGCUCCUCGACGGCGGACGGAAGGGCGGCGUCUCGGAGCAGGAGCCCCGCCGAUCGUCGAGCGAGGGGCGACGUGGCGGGUAGGGAGGAGUUCGCGGAGGGUGAGAGGGUCGAGGCGCGUUUCGGUGGCAGAUCACGCUGGUCAAGGGCAACGGUGGAGCGGAAGAACAGGAAUGGUACGUAUGGACUGGUGUACGCGGAUGGCAACGAAGAGCGGGAGGUAGAGAGCCGUCUGAUACGAGCACUCGGGAGCGGCGGUGACAAUGGUGGCAGCGGCAGCAGCCCGCGACGACCAAGUAGCGCAGUCGCUGACAGACGAGGGGCGUCCAACUUGGAUAGUGGUUCAGACGUGGGCAACGCCAGAAAAACGGCGAUCCGUGCCAACGACAGGAUCGAGGCGAGAUUCAAAGGGGGUCACAAUUGGUACGCCGGGAUCGUUGUAGCGGUCAACAGAGACGGGAGUUUCGACGUCAAGUACGACGACGGUGACCGAGAGUACGAUGUCGAUGCAAGGCUAGUCCGUAGUUUGAGCACCGGUUCCGUCCGGGGCGCUAGUGCAGCGCGCGAGCGCGGCAGGGGCGGCGGCGGUCGGGCCGAGGACGCGGCCGACGGGUACGCAAGGGGACGACAUGCAGGUGCCAGCACGGUCUCGCUGGACUCUGUACCCGCCGACAGCGACUUUGCGGUGGGCGACAAGGUGGAAGCCAGGUUCGGUGGUCGGUCUCGCUGGUUCAAGGCCACAAUUGAGAGGGAGAACAGGGACGGUACCUAUCACCUCUUGUACGUGGACGGAGACGAGGAGAGGGCCGUUGAGAAACAUCUGAUUCGUAGGGUCGGAGCGAGCACGUCCCCCACGGCCGGGACCAGGAGCCCCGGACGGCGUGUGGUGUCGGGAGUAGCUUCCGAGACCGAUAGCGCGGCGGGUAAGGCUUUUCGAGGCGGCGACGAAGUGGAAGCGAGGUACAAGAGGGGCCGCAAGUGGUACCCGGGCGUGGUGAGGAGGGUAAACCGAGACGGAACGAUGGACAUUACGUACAAGGACGGCGACUCCGAGCGUGAUGUAGAUCCAUCGCUCGUCCGCAGCAAGGGGGGUAUCAGCGUUGAUUCGCUGGCUUCUUCUUCUGCGGACACCGGCUUCUCUCGGGGCGACAAGGUGGAAGCCAGGUUCGGUGGUCGGUCUCGCUGGUUCAAGGCCACAAUUGAGAGGGAGAACAGGGACGGUACCUAUCACCUCUUGUACGUGGACGGAGACGAGGAGAGGGCCGUUGAGAAACAUCUGAUUCGUAGGGUCGGAGCGAGCACGUCCCCCACGGCCGGGACCAGGAGCCCCGGACGGCGUGUGGUGUCGGGAGUAGCUUCCGAGACCGAUAGCGCGGCGGGUAAGGCUUUUCGAGGCGGCGACGAAGUGGAAGCGAGGUACAAGAGGGGCCGCAAGUGGUACCCGGGCGUGGUGAGGAGGGUAAACCGAGACGGAACGAUGGACAUUACGUACAAGGACGGCGACUCCGAGCGUGAUGUAGAUCCAUCGCUCGUCCGCAGCAAGGGUGGCGUCAGCGUUGAUUCGCUGGCGACCAGUACCAACACAAGCGACACCGCGCGUGGCGGCGGCGGCCGCAGCAGCGGCAACGACUUUGCGGUAGGCGACAAGGUGGAGGCUAGGGUUGGAGGCCGUUCGCGCUGGUUCAGGGCCACCGUAGAGGGAAAGAACAGGGACGGGACGUAUUGUUUGUUAUACGACGAUGGAGACCUAGAAAGGUCCGUUGACAAGAAGCUAAUCAGGAGCCUGGCCAGGCCUAGCGGUGAAACAAAGAGGGACGAGAAACAUGCGACGGAGGCGUCCGCGGCUCACCGCAUCGGCGACGAGAUCGAGGCGAGGUAUAAACGCGGGCGCAUGUGGUAUCCGGGAAAGAUUCGGGCGGUAAAUGCGAACGGAAGCUACGACAUCACGUACUUAGACGGAGAUUCGGAGCGCGACGUCGAGGCAGCGUUCGUGCGGUCAAUCGGGGGAAGUUCAGCCGCAGAGUCGCCGGGCGGCUUGGCAGUGGGAGACAAGGUUGAGGCAAGGUUUCGGGGAGGGUCACGUUGGUUCAAGGCGACGGUAGAAGGAAAAAACAGGGAUGGGACUUUCAGCUUGUCGUAUGACGACGGAGACUUUGAAACGGCUGUGGAGCGGGACCAUAUCCGGAAGGUCGAAGGCGACCGCGCUUGCAGGAAGACAGCAGAAAGAAGCGGUCGAGGCGCUGCGAGAAGGGGUGUGUCCCGGGCUGGUUCCGAGACCGGAACCGACGUCGACCAGAGCGAAGAGAAAAAGUUCCAGGACCGAGGUGAAACUGGGAGUCUGGAGAGGAGGCCGGACCUUCCUCGUGCUGGGGACGACGUUGAGGCCCGGCUGCGAGGCAGUUCGACGUGGCGGCUGGGCAGGGUCGCUCGCGUCCAUCGGGAUGGCUCUUACGACGUCGAGUACGACGGUGGGAAGAGCGAGAGGAACGUACCGGCUAGUCACGUCCGGUCCUUGGCGAAAAAAGAUUCCCGCAGCUGUGACAGCGACAGCGACCGCAAGAGCAAUUACGGAGACACCACGAAAAUAAGUCAAACGGUCGCGAUCGCGGAGGGCGAACAAGUGGAGGCGCGUCUCCGGGGGAGAUCUACCUGGCAUAACGGCGAGGUAACCAGGGUACACUCUGACGGCACGUACGACGUCCGCUACAGCAGAAACGGCGAACUGGAGAAGCGGGUCGAACCUCGCUUCGUGCGUCUGCCGCACGGCACUGGUACUGUGCGAGCAGGCAGCCCCCGAACAAGCAAUCGCGGGAGGAGUGGUGGUGCGGACACUUCGAGCAACGAAGGGUCCUAUCGAGGGACGGAGAGAGGGCGUCGUGAGGAAAGGUCGCCUAUCCCUCAGGAAACCGUAAGCGAGGAUGCGGAAGCGGCGGCGACGAAAGUGCGGCGCUCCCUUCACCACGCGGGGAAAAACGUGGACGACCUCGUGCGGAAGCUCGAGCGGUUGCGACGGUCGACCGGUGGCAUCGACGAAAACACCUUGGGGCGUGUGCUAGCAAGGGUUGGCAUCGAGAUCUCAACUCGCGAAGCGCGAGCACUCCGGCACUGCUGCCCGGACCUCGAUAACCACGGCUGUGUUUCUCCUUCUGCCCUUGCAGGUUUGGUGUCAGGAAGAAAUAAAUCUCCUAUCAAGCGAAGGCGAUCGUCCGGCUCCGCCACCCGUGGUGGCCGCCGUCACGCUUCGAUAUCGGAACUGGCGUCGGACCAGUCGGAGUCGGAGUCCGCGACCAAGGGACCGGCGUCGGUGGCACGGAGAGGACGGGUGCGUGGCACUAGCUCCUCGUUAGACAGUGGCAUCAGCAGCGGUAGUAGCGGCGGCGGGCGCCUCUACCGCCGCCACCACCAUGCAAAGGCCAAGGCCGCGCCAGAUCGUCGCUCUCCAACGCAGCGGAAAAAGCUGGAUACUGGCAGCGGAAGCGAACUUAGUGGCGACAUCUCGUCUGACGGGCAAGGCAUGGGAGGCGCACUUAUCGGUAACAAGGGCUCGAGGGCGCUGAGAAAGCUAGGCGGCUCGGCUUUCGACGGGAGUCUGCGGCAGGAGUUCGACAAGCUGAGCGGCAGCGGGAGGCGUCGAGUGCUGCCAAUUUCGAGCCUAAAACCGUUGCUCCGACACCUUAGGGUGAAGCUCGAGGAGUCGUCCUUCGCCGAGGUGAUGGUCGUCCUGGACCCUGAUGGCCUUGGUUCGUUCUCUCUUCAAGGACUACUUGAGGUGGCGCUGUCCACGUUUGAGGAUAAGAAGAUUUGUUUCGGGAGCGCCGGUCUCGUGUCAGCAACCAAGGAGAGGCCGCCCGCCUCAUGA